AUGAAUAAAGGAAUUAGCAUAUAAUCAAACAGUGAGGAUUUAACUAGCCAAAAAAUUGUUUGGUUUUAUUUCAAAAGGACAUUUUGGGUUGAAAGAGCUGAUUCCAUGUGGGAUGAUAUUGAUAAGAAAUUUAUAAGCAGUUUGUAUAAAUUUAGGAUAAUGAUCAAAAAAGUAUACACUGUACCAACUCCAAGAGAAUAGAAACCAAAAAUACAGUAAAAGAGUUAACAAGAUAGUAGAAAGUAAACAUAAUUUGCCUAUAUUCCUGAUUCAACCACUUAAAAAGAAUAAGCAUCAAAGAUGGCUCGCUCAUAUUUAAUGUUUAAGCCCAAGUUAGUCGAAGAAAUUGAUGAGAACAACAUGAAAAAGAUGAAACUCUCAUUUCACAAUUCGAUUACUGACUUACAAACUUUCGAGGAAUUGGCACAAGAAUAGCAACAGAGAGAAUCAACACCAAAUUUAAAUUAGGCUCCUUAAGAAAAGACUAAGACAUUUGUCAGAAAGUCUAUGAGACACUUAACUUAGCUAUGAAGCAAAAUAAAUUUUGUGAUAAAUUAUAUAUAUGACUUAUUUAAGUCUUUUAUAUUAAAUUUUGGAUA